UUCCAUGCCAGACUGGAGCGAUGUCCAAGUUGUUCACGAGACGUAAACCCCACUUCUUCCUCUUUCAGCUGAGAAUCGUGCAAAGUCAACCGAAGUCAAAACUCUGAUCAUCAUUUCCCGGAAGAUGAAGCUUCCGGGCUUCUGCUCUGUGCUUCUCCUUGCCCUCCAAGCUUCUCUGCUCUCUUCUUCAAUGGCGGAAUCCCCACAAGAUCGAACCCAAGAGACGUAUCUCCAAUGCCUCAUCGACAGCUCCGACCCAUCAUCCCCACCAAUCUCACCCCUCAUCUUCUUCCCCAGCAGCCCCUCUUACUCCUCCGUCCUCCGGUCCUACGUCCGAAACCUCCGCUUCAAUUCAUCCUCCACCCCAAAGCCGCUCUUCAUCGUGACCCCAAGUCACGUCUCCCACAUCCAAGCCACCAUCGUCUGCUCCAAGAUCCAUGGCCUAGAGGUGAGGAUCCGCAGCGGAGGCCACGACUACGACGGCCUCUCGUACGUGUCGCGGGCUCCGUUCGUCGUCGUCGACAUGUUCAAUCUGCGAUCCGUCGACGUCGACGCGGAAGGCGGGACUGCCUGGGUCGAGUCGGGCGCGACGGUCGGCGAAGUCUACUACGCGAUCGCGGCGAAAAGCGGGGUCCACGCGUUCCCCGCCGGGGUUUGCCCCACCGUCGGCGUCGGGGGCCACUUGAGCGGAGGCGGGUAUGGGAACUUGAUGAGGAAGCACGGGCUGUCGGUGGACAAUGUGGUCGAUGCCGUCGUUGUGGAUGCCAGCGGGAGGGUCUUGGAUCGAGAGUCGAUGGGCGACGAUAUGUUCUGGGCGAUCCGGGGCGGCGGCGGGGCGAGCUUCGGGGUGAUUGUGUCGUGGAAGAUUAAGCUGGUGUCUGUGCCAGAGGUGGUCACCGUCUUCAAGGUGGAGAAGACGCUGGAGCAAGGGGCGACCGAAGUUCUUCAUAGGUGGCAAUAUGUGGCUGACAAAAUCGAUGAGAGAUUGUUCAUUAGGGUUGUGUUGAUACCAGUCGUGAGGAAAGAUCAGAGGACAGCGAAAGCUAAAUUUGUGGCGCUAUUUCUGGGUGGUGCCGAUGAGCUGCUCGACGUAAUGUCUCAGAGAUUUCCCGAAUUCAAGUUGGAGUCGAAGGACUGCAUUGAGAUGAGUUGGAUCGAAUCAGUUCUGUUUUGGUCUAAUUAUCCUAAAGGAACAUCCCCGAAUGUACUACUCCAGAGAAUCCCAGAGUCGGAGAAGUUCUUGAAGAAGAAGUCAGAUUACGUGCAAGAGCCAAUUUCGAAAGAGGGUCUCGAAGGGAUAUGGCAGAAGAUGAUGGAGCUGCAAAAGCCGGCGCUUACUUUCAACCCUUACGGUGGGAGAAUGAGCGAGAUCUCGGAGUCUGAGACCCCAUUCCCACACAGGGCGGGGAACAUCUUUAAGAUCCAGUACUCGGUCACUUGGAAGGAGGAAGGCGAUGAGGCUUUGAAUCGGAAUUUGCAUCGGAUAAGGAGUCUGUAUACUCACAUGACUCCGUUCGUGGCGAAGUCGCCGAGGAGCUCCUACCUGAACUACAGGGACACUGAUCUGGGCAUCAAUCAAAUUGGCAAUGAAAGCUACUCUCAGGCCAGCAUUUGGGGGACCAAGUACUUCAAGGGCAAUUUCGAUAGAUUGGUGCAAGUGAAGACGAUGGUUGAUCCUGGGAAUUUCUUCAGGUACGAGCAAAGCAUUCCUUGCGUGUCAUCUUGGCCGAAUAGAAUGGCUGAGUGAAGUUCUAACAGUAAACACGCAUUAUUCGCUAGCAGGGUAUACCGUGAAUCUGUAUGUAAUACAUUGAAUUUCUUAAUUUAAUGAUGUUAAAAGGGCUGUUGGUCCACUGAGUUCCUUCAAGAAUCAUCAGAUUUUUAGUUAUUGUGAUC